GACGGUUGUAGGAUAGUCAAUAUUAUUACCUUAUUGGCUCGCACUGUUAAUGGUAACAGCAUUCGAAAAGUAUUGCAGCCCUGGUCCAAAACAGCUGAUUGUUUUUGCGUGUUGUUUGCCUUAAGACGGGAGCUAAUUAAAAUGUUGCGUCAGUUAUUGAGCUCCACAGCCACACGUCGGGUGCUGCUACCGCGAGCAACAGCUACACGUUUCGUCAGCAGCAAUCAAAAUGGAUUGGACAAAACAGAGUUUACAACACCGCCCGAAGUAAUUGACUACGAGGAUCCCAGUCACUUGCCACUCCCACAGUAUCCUGCUCGACCCGAUGAGCCGCUCCAGGCGCGCAAGCAGCGCUUGCUAUAUCAGAGUCGUAAACGCGGCAUGUUGGAGAACGAUUUGCUCCUCAGCACAUUUGUGGCCAAGUACCUGAAGGACUUCAAUGCGGAGCAGACAGCGCUCUAUGAUGAUCUGAUUAACGGUGUGAGCAACGAUUGGGAUAUAUUCUAUUGGGCCACAGAAACAAAGCCCACUCCACCCGAGUAUGAUACGGAAAUCAUGAAGUUGCUCAAGGAACAUGUGAAGAAUGCGGAGCGUGUGCAACGCAUAAGGCAGCCGGACUUAUAGAGGAUUAUACAUCUACUUUCUAUGAUAAGCAGUUUGUGCUAUGAUAAGCAAGCUUUGGCAUUUUACGUAUUUUUGUGUUUAACUUAAAUGAAAACAAAUUUCAAUGUUGUAUCAAUAAAAAACCAAAAAAUAGUGUUAUUAAUUAUGCAAAAUGGUUAGUUUUCUUUCUUGAAAUACACAUACAUAUGUAUAUAUAUAUAUAUAUUUAAACGAUGUCUGAUGUAUAUACUUAUCGAAUAAUUUUUAUAUGCUACUACAGCGAAAUAUUACACUUAAAAUUGUUGCUCAUUAUGAAAAAAUCCAUCGAAAUGUCGAAUUUUGCACCCAAUAUUAAUAAGGGAGAUUAUUAUUGAUCAUGAUUCGUGUGGUUCACAUCCAUAUACAUAUUGUAGAGUACUACUUGAAUGUUUUUAUUCCUUUUAUUUCAAUUGUUUUUGGGGGACUGAAAUUAUGAUUAGCUAUUUAUUUCAUUCAGUAUUAGCAUUGGAUUCAAGCGAUUAAA